AUGCGGCUGUGUGAAGUGGACACGAUGCCCCAUGUGCUCCUCUAACGUGAGGCACACCAACUUAGCUAACCCUUUACACCGACGUUAUUAACUCAAGGUUAUCACGAAAAUUUUUGGGACCACUGUGGAUUUUAUUGCUAGGUUGUCACCAUGGUUCAUGAGACCGGCUUUUACGAUCUGCUGGGUGUCAAUCCCAAAGCCUCGGCAGAUGAAAUCAAAAAAGCUUACAGAAAACUCGCCUUGAAAUAUCACCCAGACAAGAACCCCAGCGAAGGAGAGAGGUUCAAGCUCAUAUCCCAGGCGUAUGAUGUGCUGUCAGAUCCAAAGAAGAGAGACUUAUAUGACCAAGGAGGGGAACAAGCUAUCAAAGAGGGUGGAAUGAGUGGAGGAGGCUCCCCGAUGGACAUUUUCAACAUGUUCUUUGGAGGUGGGGGAAGAAUGCAGAGAGAAAGAAAAGGGAAGAAUGUUGUACAUCAGCUUAGUGUUACGCUGGAGGAGAUGUACAACGGAACAACCAGGAAGCUUGGCCUCCAGAAAAAUGUUAUUUGUGAAAAAUGUGACGGUUACGGUGGUAAGAAAGGCACCUUGGAGAAAUGUUCGACCUGUAAAGGAAGAGGAGUACAGGUCAAAGUGCAACAGAUUGGGCCAGGCAUGAUUCAGCAGAUCCAAAGCAUGUGUGGUGACUGCCAGGGACAGGGAGAGAAAUUCAGCUCAAAGGACCGCUGCAAGAACUGCAACGGGCACAAAGUGGAGCGCAAGAAGAAAAUUCUAGAAGUUCACAUCGACAAAGGCAUGAGAGAUGGACAGAGGAUCACAUUCCAUGGAGAGGGCGACCAGGAGCCAGGAUUGGACCCUGGUGAUGUCAUCAUCGUCCUGGACCAGAAGGAGCACGACGUUUUCCAGAGACAAGAUGAUAACCUAGUCAUGAAAAUGGAUAUCAAACUUGUCGAUGCUCUCUGUGGCUUUAAGAAAACCGUUUGCACAUUAGACAACAGAACGCUCAUCAUCGGCACGCAGCCAGGUGAAGUUGUGAAGCACAACGACAUAAAAUGUGUUCAGAAUGAAGGCAUGCCUCUCUACAGGGAACCUUAUGAAAAAGGCCAGCUUAUCAUUCAGUUCCAGGUGGAAUUCCCAGAAAAAGACUGGCUCCCAGAGCAUCUCAUGUUCCAGCUGGAGAGGUUGCUUCCUGCCAGAGAGGAUGUGAUGAUUUCUGAUGACAUGGAGGAAGUGGAUCUCUGUGAAAUGGACAUUCAGUCAGGACAGCAGAGAAGCUACAGUGGUGAGGCUUAUGAAGAGGAUGAUGAAGGUCCAAGGGGUGGUGUGCAAUGUCAGACACAGUGAUUGUGGUCUAAGAUACAGGAAUACGCCGUAAAGCAUGAGUUAUUUUUGUGAAGGACAGGGUGUGACCCAUGCCUUAAUGUCCUCUUUCUCCCAAAUGUCACAGUGCAAAUUAGCAACAAAACUUAAUUGAAAUGUUUCAAUCAUCCGCCAGUGUCUUUUGUGUGAUUUUUUUUCCCCCGUUCACAAAUAUGCAAAUUUAACGUCAUACAACGUUGUAUUUUGGUGUUUUUCUUUUUUGUCUGGUAUUCCUGUAUUUAAGGAACAUGUCUUCUUUUAUAUGGAUCUGUUCUGGAAAGUGUAUGGGGCACAGAUAACUUUUCAUGUAAAAACUGAAAGAAGUAUGUGUAUGCUUUCUAUGAAGGUAAUCUCAUUCAUAACAUUCAGUUUUUCCACAUCUAUUUAUUCUUUCUCAAUAAAAGACACAGAAUUACUUCA